ACGAUCGAAGCACAGUACGCCACGAAGCAGACGUAUAGCCGCUCGGUCACAACUACCCUGAGGGUCGAGCAUGAAAUGCCUAGCGCUGGUGUGCUUAAAGGACUUGAGAUAUGGGGAGGAAUGCUCGGCGCUCUACUGUCCUGCUAUGCCUUAGUGCAGUGGCGGGGCGUUCUGCGCAGAGGUGGACUCCAAUUUUCCCUGCUGCCGUUGCUGGCAGGGGCUAUAGCCGACGCAAUGUAUUUUGCGGCGUGGCUGGCGACGCUGCACGCUUUAGCGGUGGAGGCAGGCUCCCAUGGACUGACGCUGCCGCCUGCGAUCGCUGAAGAACAUAUCAUCAGGGCGUUCGUCGUUUCAUCUAUAUCCUUAAAGGCAAUCAAAGCGGCUUGGGUAAACUGGCGGCAAUGCCGCUGUGACAUUUUCUUUUUGGAUUGGUCAGAAUAUAACCCACCAAUCAAAGCUGACAACAAUUUGUGGAAGACCAUGAUGGUAGCUCGAGAAUGGUCCUCAAUGCAGACGAAGAGACGAGCCAACCCCGGGUUUACUGUAGCACUGGCUCUUGUUAUUUUGCAUCUCCUUUCUCCCUGGCAACUCUCCCUGCCCAACAGCCCAAGUUACACCUGGGCAGUCGGUACACUCGCGUGGUGGGUGGCCUAUGCCCCCGUACUGCUUGCCCAGUGGGCGUGGGACCGGAUAGUGGGGUCCCCAACGCUGGGUAUAGCGCGCGUGUGUGACGGUGUGGGGCUGUCGCUGCUGGUGUUUCAAGAGGAGUUUUAUGCGCAUUAUGUCCACGGCAGGAAUAAUGGGUCCCCGGAUGCCAAAACCAUGUCGGGCCCGCUGGAGGCGUGUCGAGUGGUGUGCGCGCCACAACUCAGGAACGUUUACAAGCAGCUGGCGACCGCUGGACUAGGUGCUAUGGACGAGCAUGAGACGAGGCAAGCGCUUCUCUCGAGGUUUUUAGCUGCGUUUUUUGAGCGGGCUCUAGAUGGUCUCAGCUGGGUUGCCAGCGAGCGAACAGUAAUGGAGCGACUAUUGGACGUGGAACUGGUAGCUCGAGAGGCUGGCAACACCAGCGCACUUCUGUAUGAUCCUGACAGCAUGCCUUCGUGUUUCGCCCUCAGUUGGUGGGGUGAAGAAUGGACGUUGGCAACCCUGGACGCCAUGUUGUUUGGAUGCAUUCUGUUGGUCACUAAAGACUGGCUGCUGGCCGCCUUGGUCACUCUGGCAGUGUGGCAGAUAGCGAAGCAGCUGCGAGCGUGGUUCGGUGACAAGAAUCUUAAACAACACAUCGGUAUUGGAGACAUACUGUAGCGAAGCAAUCGCCCUACGUACCUCGUCCAAGAAAGUACGUUAAACGAUAUUGCCGCAGUCGUCUUCGUAUCUUGUAUAUGGGGCGCAUCAAGCUCAUGCGCAAUCAAAGAUCGCAUAGACUGCACCUAUUCGGUGAUCUGCGA